GAAAUGUUUUCCACGUUGACUGUUGAAGGAAGAGGACCUUAGCUACGCGCCCUAACCCAGAACAACAACAACGAAGAGGACCUUAGUAGAAAUAUUCACCAUGAGUUUCAAGGAGUACAAGACUCACGUGGAGAUGGGAGACACAGUCAUAUUGUAUUUAAAUAUUAAAAACAUUCAUGCUAUAACUGUAACAGAAGAAGUCAAGAACAAGAAGGGGAAUAUGGUUCCCAACAUUUUUCAAACAGUUUAUGGAGCUCUAAAAGUGAAGGAUCUGGUCGGUAUGAAGUACGGCUCGCAGGUGCAGAUGACGCGUGGCUGGGCGUUCGCGCUUCACCCGACGCCCGAGCUGUGGACGCUGACGCUGCCGCACCGGACGCAGAUCCUGUACACGCCCGACAUCAGCAUUGUGCUGACCCAGCUGGAACUGCGGCCCGGCAGUGUCGUCUGCGAGGCCGGUACCGGCAGUGGCUCGCUAUCACACGCUAUCCUGCGCACCAUAGCUCCCACCGGUCACCUGCACACGUUCGACUUUCACGAGCAGCGCAGUCGACUGGCCGCUGAGGAGUUCUCAGCUCACGGGGUGGGCGACUAUGUCACCGCUCGACACAGGGAUGUCUGUGGCGAGGGGUUCGACCUGGACAGUGUGGCUGAUGCUGUAUUCCUGGACCUCCCACGGCCCUACGACGCCGUGCCAUUCGCCAAACAGGCGCUGAAGAAGUCAGGCGGGCGGAUAUGCUCGUUCUCACCAUGCAUAGAACAGGUCCAGAAGACAUGUGACAGCCUGCGUAAGCACGGCUUCACAGAGCUACAAACGCUCGAGUGCCUUCAGCGCGAGUUCCAGGUCCGCAAGUCUGUGAUGUCCGUCUUCGAUCUCAGUCAGCCGCCGACAGAUGGCAGUGCGGACGGCGACGAGCGACCGUCCAAGAAGGCGGCGAUGGAGGAGCGGCCUCGAGAGGUGCUCACUGGAAUCCCCCUCACCACCAUGCCGGGUCACACCGGCUUCCUCACGUUCGCCACCCUGCCGCCAGUGAUGACUUCAGCAACAUGACGACCGCUCGCGCUCCGGGUUUUACAAUAAACAGACAUGUUCUUUC